AUGUAUUUCCUUCGCCAAGUUGAGACCGGCCUCCAAGCCGUCCAACACGUCCAAGCCGAGCAAAAGCUGCUCGCCGCUGAAGCCGGUCAACUACCUCCAGAAGUUCGGGCAGAGCGCGAAAAGCAGCUGAAUGCGCUCCUGGAGCUCUUGUUCGCGCCGCACGCUGAUGCAAUCCGAUCGGUCGCUCAUGAGCACCGACUUGAAACUGUUCAGAAAAUUCUGACAACGCAGCGCGCCCAAGCCCGCCAAGCGGUUCAAUUGGAGCGACAGGCGCUGGAGUCGCAAGCUAAGCAAACUGAGCGCCAGGCUCAAGCAGCUCAAGUCGCCUCCAGAGGGCAGGCUGAGAAACGGGCGCUAGCCGUUCGGGCAGCUGAAGCUGCUGAAGCUGUGGAACGGGCUGAAGCGCUCCAUGCCGAGCACGAGCUGCGGAUGCGAGCCGUACAAGCCCUUCGAGUAGAGCACGAGGCUUCAGCGAUGCGCGCGAGGCAGGAACAGGAACUUCGUGAUGAGCAGUGGGCUCGGGAAGUUCAAGCAGCUCAGGCACUGCAACUUGAGCAAGCUCUAUUGAUUCAAGAAAAUUUGUGUUCCGAAGCGGUUCAAGCGGUUGAGGCUAAGUCGAGAAAACUAUCUCAAGUCGUUCAAGCUGGGCCUGGAAAACAAGCUCCAGCUGUUCAAGCGGAGUCUGCCUCCGUCGAAGACCAACUUAAGGCCCUCCAAGCCGUCGAAGCCAUGCUCCAACGACAGCGUCAAGCCCUUCACGACCAUGAAAAAGUUGCCCAAACAGUUCAAGCAAUUCGACCACAAACCGAACAAGCCAAUUGGUAUGAAGCCGACCAAGCCAUCCGAAGCGCCACCGACGCAGUAAUGGCCUCGAAGCUCCAAAUCCUGAGCCUGACGGUGACCAAGAGCAAACUUGACCAAGCCGCCGAAGCCGAGAAUUUGAAGCAGAAGCCGAAGCUCAAGGCUUUCUUUGGGGCUGAUCACCCACAAACGGCGCUGAUCAACGAAGCCCUGCUUAGCCGAAGCCAAGCCGAGGAAGCCGAGAGGAUCGCCUGGCGCUCGCAGAUGCCGACAUCUACUAGACGAUCGCUUAUCCACCUGGCUGUCAAGGCUCUACUCGAAGUGAAGCCGGAGUUCCGCCGCAAUCCUGCCCACAUCAAAGCCCUAGCCGAUCGGGCUUGCCUGGCCGAAAAAGCUGCUUUCGCUACGGCGACCAACCGGGAGGAGUACUACUGUAGCCUCACCGAUGCUGUUAGCUGGGAAUUCGAGCAUGGAACGGCU